UGCGCGCACACACACACACACGCACACACAAGAGCGAGAACGAGAGGAGGUGGGGGUCUCGUACAAAUUGGACUGCAGCACGCGUGGGAGGGGUCUGUCGAUCACAACAAAGAGACACACACACACACACACACGCACGCACAGCGCACAUGAGGACAGAGGGAGACAUGCGAAGGAGAAGAAGGUGAAGGGGGUGGGAGUCGGGGGGGGGUGCCUGCUGCCGGACUUGCGGCGGCCCCCCCCCGCCUAGCACCCGCAAGCUCGGAUCAUGACGCCCACGUUACGCACGCUGCUCUUCCUCUUUGUCACACUACUGGUGAUUCUUCUCAUCGUGGAUGAUAUCUCACAAGUGGAAAACGAAGAAGAACAAGAAGCCUUAAAAAGCAGCCGGUCAAAGAUGAAGCGGCUCUUCCCGAAACCACGCAGAAAGACGUCCAGAUGCGUUGGAAGCACGUCAUUGCCGAGACCGACUGCGAUAAAUCACCUUGAGCUGGGCGACAACAGCAGCGGCAAGUUGGCGUCAUCUGGCUGGACCUUCAACAAGACCCUCUCCAAACUCAUCAGGAAGAACGUGCUAAGAUUCCUGGACCCUGAGCGAGACAUCUCCAUCCUGAAGGGCUCGCUGAGACCCGGAGACGUGGUCCACUACGUUUUUGACCGCCACAGCACCACCAACAUCUCAGAGAAUCUCCACCGCCUUCUGCCAAGCGUGUCGCCCCUGAAGAACCGCCACUACCGGCUGUGCGCCAUCGUCGGCAACUCGGGGAUCCUCCUCAACAGCAGCUGCGGCUCCCAGAUCGACUCCCACGACUUUGUCAUCAGGUGCAACCUGGCACCGGUGGAGGAAUACGCCGACGACGUGGGCCGUCGCACCGACUUGGUGACCAUGAACCCUUCGGUGGUGCAGCGAGCUUUCCGGGAUCUGGUGGACGACGAGUGGCGGCGGCGCUUCGCGCGGCGCCUCGGGAGCCUGGGCGGCAGCGUGCUGUGGAUCCCGGCAUUCAUGGCCAAAGGCGGGGAAGAGCGCGUGGAGUGGGCCCUGCGCCUCAUCCUGCGGCACGCGGCCCACGUGCGCACCGCCUUCCCCUCGCUGCGCCUGCUGCAUGCCGUCAGAGGCUACUGGCUGACCAACAAGGUCCACAUCAAGCGUCCGACCACAGGGCUGCUCAUGUACACCAUGGCGACGCGCUUCUGCGAGGAGAUCCACCUCUACGGCUUCUGGCCCUUCUCGCACGACGCGGCGGGCAAAGCGGUCAAGUACCACUACUACGACACUCUCAAAUACGAGUACACCUCCGGCUCCAGCCCGCACAGCAUGCCGCUGGAGUUUAGAACGCUGAGGGCUUUGCACCACCGGGGGGCGCUGCGGCUUCACACUGGCAGUUGCCAUGCGCAGCCAGAGUUGCCGAAGGAGAGCAGAAGCGACUAGCUAAUGG